AUGUCGGACACCCAGAUUCUCCCCCUUGUCUUUAUUUCACGCGAAUUGAACUUGAAUAGGGGCCUCAAGUUCGUCGCCAAAAACCGAGAGGAACGCAUUGAGGCCAUUGCCCACGAGCUAUCGACCUUAAACCACGACAUCAUUGCUCUUCAAGAGAUAUGGGUGCAUUCCGACUACCAGAAGGUUCAGGAGAGGGUCUCGAAGAGAUUGCCCCAUGCAAAGUUCUUCUACAGUGGUGCUCUGGGUGCAGGUCUUGCGAUAUUUACCCGAUACCCCAUUAUCUCAACAUCUGUCGUACCCUAUUCGCUGAACGGAGCACCUAUUGACGUCGCUGCCGGCGAUUGGUUCGUCGGGAAAGCUGCAGCCAGCGUCGUCAUACUGCAUCCCAUACUUGGCCAAGUCCAGGUCUUCAAUACCCAUUUAUUCGCGAAAGGUGGUGAGGAUGGCCCAGAGUUCCUCCGAGCUCAUCGCCUCGUCGGCGCUUGGGAGUUUGCGAAACUAGCGAGACAGGCCGCAGAGGUUGGCCGCUAUGUUAUCGCUCUCGGUGACUUCAACAGUAUCCCUCCCACUCUCCCCAUGAGUAUCAUCCUGAACCACGCCUCCCUGACCGACGCAUGGACAGCGACUCACCCGGGUUACGAAUCCGGACCCGUCCCCAAGACCGCCUUGGAAGCAGUCGAGCGCCAUGGAAUCACAGCCGAUUCGCCUCUCAACACCUGGUCAGCAGGCAAACGUCCUCACGGCUGGGGCAAACGUCUCGACUACUGUCUCUACCGCCAACCCGUCCGCCAUGCCUCUGACAAGCCCGUUCCGAACCUCCGCGCAACAGACUGCAAAGUCGUCUUCACCGAACACGUACCUGGAUAUACCUUUUCUUUCUCGGACCACUUUGGUUUAGAGGCUACGCUGGAGAUCGAGACUAGCAUGGCGGAUAUGCCGAAUACCCUCGAUAUACCCAAGGAACUCUCAAGCGCUCAUAUCGCUACCGCCAUCCAGGCUUGGACGGAAUGUUACAGGAAUGCAAAGAACAGGUCAAAGAACGAACUGAUCGUCUUUGCGCUUUCAUUUGCUUCCCUCAUCGCGGUUAUCAUUGGUUCAGCAUGGCUCCCUCAUGCGUGGAUCAAUCCCAUCUUCCUUGUCUUCACGUUGGUGGUCGCAUGGUUGGCCACGACGAUGCUAUAUCACGGCUUCUUGUAUGGCAAUUGGGAAUGCAAUGCACUGAUGAACGCCAUCGAAGACAUGGAACACCACCGCCUUGGAUUGGAGCUUCUCAAGGGACGUACUCCCCCAAGUCAAUACAGUUAA